AUGGAGGAUCAGUUGCGAGGAGUUUAUCUGCGCUCUGUGGAGGAAUAUCUCGAUUAUCUUUACAACAGAAACGUAAGUUCGAAAAGAAAGAAAGUUCGAAAUUUGUAAAUUUAAAGUUAUCGGUUUAUAUGGUUUCUCUCGCUGGUAGAAUACGUGUCGCGGCUUUGACGUGAAGGUGACGGUACGGGAUUCAAACGUGUCGUUCGAACCAACGUUCAAAGUGUUUUCCGAAACAUUUUCAACGAUACUGAACUCGUUGGGCGAGACGAUCGGUACGCUGCCACGUAUCGAAACGCUACUGAACGUUAGCUCGAUCGUUACCGAUCGAAAAUUGCUCCAGCCGUACGUAUCGCGAGAAUGCUUCGUGAAGCACGCGGAAGAAAUUGGACGGCUGAUCGACGGGGAGAAAAUUGGCCCGAUCAGGCAGCUGAGUGAAUUCGAGAAGUACGCGACUUUUAUGAACGAUCGGGAAACCGAUAAAGUACGAGAAUUCUUAAAGUACGACACAGCUGAAAAUUUUGACAAGUAUCGGACGUUAAUCGCGAGUUACGAUCGUUUGUCCCGUUCUGUAAAAGUCGAGUAUAAUCGAACUUAUUUCGCCGGGUUCUUCACUGUCCACCGUGGAGAGAUUAUCAAGCAUAUCGCCACUGUAGCUCUGAAGCUUAAAGAGGAAUUGGUCGGUAAAAUGAUCAGCGAGUAUCAACAGAAAUCUAGAGGCGAUAUCCGACUGACCGAUUCAUCAGCAUAGGGAACGAGUAUCAACGCAUCGUAGACCGUGCGCUCAGCGUUCCAGCAAACACCAGGGAAUUGAUAAAUGUUCGAAAAUUUAUAAACGUCACGGAAACGGAAACUACCGGCCAACUCGAAAAUCGACUGGAAGAAAUUGUCAAGUAUAUACUCGUUUUGUCGGAUUAUUCCAUCUCGAGUGCCGUCGAGUUGAAGACCAAUAAUUUCGCCUUUCAAUGGUAA